UCAACGGGUCAGUUAUCUCCAAUCUUCUCAAUAUCCUCGACUCUCAUCCAGCCACAGACCCAGCGAAAUAAUUAUAGUACCGCUUCUAUAUCGAGCACGAACAUCUAUCUUGUUGCUUUGUAGUUAUAUACCUUGAUUCCUCUGCUCCCCACGGGUCCUGAGGAGCCAGCCUUGCCCUCCCACGUAGUACCACCCGCCUUCUCGGAACGACCGCUAGGAAGGACUUGACAGAGAAACAUUGCAACGCCCCCAGCCCAGCAGCUGGGGCUAAAGAACUGCCACUAUGGCGUCAACACCAAUGGACCUCGAUCACGGCCCGGCUGCCCUCCAGGGAGCAUCGCUAAAUCUUACAAGAAAUACGGGGAACACAACUUCGCGGCUGAGCGACGUCAUAGCGAACUUCCGCCCAACCAAGCUGUUCCAUAGGGAAGAUAUCAAAGAUGGCCGUCCUCAACCACGAGUAUUAUCCCUCGACUUCGAUGAUCCGGGAGAGCUCCUCAUGACGUCCGAGAGCGAUGAAACGAUUCAGAUUUAUAAUGUCAAGGAGGGGAAACACUCGAAAAGCCUACUGAGUAAGAAGUACGGCGUAAAGCUCGCUAAAUUCACACACACCAGCUCGAGUAUUAUCUACGCGAGUACGAAGCAGAAUGACCACAUUCGAUAUCUCGCGACGCAUGAUAACUCGUUUAUUCGCUACUUCGAAGGACAUGAGCGCAGUGUCACCUGCCUUGCAGUGCAUCCCGGUGCCGACAACUUCAUCUCGUGCAGUCAAGAUAAUACCGUCCGCCUCUGGAACAUCUCAACAAAGCAGUGGUGUGGACAACUCUUCCUCAACAACCCCGCACUAGCAGCCUACGACCCAUCUGGUCAGAUAUUCGCCGUCGCGUCGCCAAGUGGGGGGACCGUCUUACUCUACGAUUGCCGAAACUACGACAAAGCCCCCUUUGCGAUAUUCGAUUUGGUCGAGGUUGCCCGGGAUGUUGAUCCCCAGUUUGUUAUGAAGGGCUGGACCAAGCUGGAGUUCUCCAACGACGGCAAACACAUCCUCUUAGGGACGCGUGGUAACGGGCACUUCCUUCUGGAUGCGUUCGAUGGUAACCUCAAGGCCUACUUGCGCAAGCCCGAAGGCGGGGUACAUCGGCUCGCGGCCGGUGAGGACCCAACGGGGAAUGGCGCCCCGCGGACCGACCCGAGCCCUGCCGAGACCAGCGGCGACUGCAGUUUCUCCGUGGAUGGGCGCUAUGUCCUGAGCGGGUCGAAGAAGGAUGUACUGGUCUGGGAUACUCUGAGCCAGCCUGCCGAAAACAAGGCCCUGGACCCCUCAUGGGUGCUGGAAGAUAAGAGACAAGCGGCCGUGCUUGCGUUCAAUCCAAGGUACAAUUUCUUCGCCACGGCCGACCAGGAGGUUCUCUUCUGGGUCCCAGACCCCCAUGCGUAAGAAUGCAGGGGCUAGGGAGACGGCUAGUUUUGAUGACAUGCUUUGAGAUGGCCCUGAAUUCGAUACCGGUCAUGUACGGAGUGAGAGUGAGAUACCCCAAGAUGAGUUCGUUCAGGAAUGAAGAAAAAAAGGAACCCCGUCCCCGGGGGCGACAAAGGUCCAAAGCUGCGCUCGGCGAGGGACUGGUCUUGUGAUUGUAAGAGUCCGUGUGCGAAGGAACAGUAGUAUAGCCGCUUUGGGGCCGACAUGGGGGCUUGUGACAGAGCCUGAAACCGGCUCGAGGCAGUUAAACAUUUUCCAGUAGGAAUCCUAAUGCGCUUCGGCAGCCUUACGAACUCAAAUUGCUAUCCGUACAGUUUCGGUACUCUCCGUACGGGGCCUAACUAGGAGUUGCCGAUAGU